AUGGCAGAGGCAAACAUUGAGAACGAAGAGCCCCAAAGCACGAUUUCUUCCAAGGAAGAAGACAAUGAGCCCAUGAAUCCAGCACUGACGGAACCAGAUGCCAUGGCAAUUGCCCAGAGGGCCGAGAGUUCCGCUGCUCCUACAGUCUCCCCAAGACGCAAGAAGGAUUUACUAGUCCAGUCACGAAAGGAUCGGAGGAAGUGGAUUCAAAUGGUCCCAUUGCCGUAUACACAAGCUAGAGAUCCUACCAACGUUUGGUCAUUGGACGAUCGCUUGAAUGGAGUCCAGUCCUCAUUGGCCUGCAAACGCCUAUCUUCUGCCACAAAAGUCUUGUCGGAACUAUAUGGACUAGAGAGCAAUACAAAAUCUGCAGAAGAAGUGGCACAACGAGUGGAGGCAUUGAUUCAACCAUUCAACACAGAUGAGGCGCUUCUUGAUGGAAGUCCUGAAGUCCUAACCGAGGCCUUGAGCAAAGACAAUAGUGAGAUUGUCAAACACUAUCAUGAAUUUUGGUCCAAGCUGUUGAACCCAGAAUGUGCCAUGCUAGUACAGGGAAUGCGCAACUACAUUCGCAAUCUAAAGGACAUUACAGAUAUGGAAAAACUUGCAAAAUCUUUGCAAACUUAUCUUGAUAGUACUUUUGAAACAAUUACCACUCAUGUUGCUUGGAACGAUCAGCUGGAUGAAUACGUUGGGCGAUCCUUGGAGUCUUGUGUGUAUGGACACGCAAAAGGACAUUUGGAUACAUUGGAAUGGAACACAUUGUUUACCAUGGAGGAGAAAGACUGGAUUGAUCGACUCGAAAAACUCCAGUUUUUGACGGCGUCGCAUUUGGAAAUCAAAUGUCUUGAAGAUCCAAACUUGAAAAUGGACGAAAUAUUGAAAGGACCCAUUGAGGCUAUGCUUGCGAUUGAUCGAUACUUUUCACCUUUUGAAAAACUGCAAUGUGUCUUGGCAGUCUACAAGGGCGUGAAUGAGUCCUUGACGGAAGCAUUGAAUCAAUCUCAAGGAGAUGAGAAGACGUUACCAAGCGCGGAUGAUGUGUUGCCUACCAUCAUUCUGACCGUACUGAAGGCCAAACCAAGUAAAAUGUUCCGCAGUUUGCAAUUCAUAGACACCUUUGCCACAUCAGAAAACAUGCGCGGAGAAGCAGGGUAUGCUUACACCAACCUGUACGGAGCUGUGCAAUUCUUGCAUGAUUUGGACAUGGACAAACCAAACUUUUCAAUCAGCACCGAAGAUUUCCGUAAAGGCAUCGAUGAGUCCAUGUCGAAGAUGAAACAAAAGACUGUCGAAUCCAAGGAGGAGAAAAUAUCUGCUGCUGAUUCGGAGCCAUCUGUCGUUGAAAUCUCGGUGCAAGAUGUCCGAAAUAGUCGACAGAAUGGGGAUGAAAUUGAUUUGGUAUGGGCAUUGGAGCGGCAGCAACAACAUCUUGCCGCAAAGGCACUCAAGGAAGACGACGACGGAGCGAGUCCCUUUUCUGUAUCACUCCCAAGUGGUUUUAAUCGAACCUAUUCAUUUCUAGGCACGAAACCAGAAGACAUUCGGAUAUCUGACUUGCCACACUUGUUGCAGGAAUACAAGAUGCUGGCACAUGUCACCGAAGAGCUGUUGGGUGAGCGGGCUGCGCUUUUGGCUGCGGACAAGAAGAAGCGAGUUGCACAACGAAAGAAUAAUGUCGAGGAUAUUCUGAUUGGACAGACUGGGAAUUUAAACAAAAAGUAA